CGCCGCGCCGCCACCUCCCACCUAAAAACCCUCCUCCCCCUCCUGCCGCCGCGCGCCGGCCAUGGCGCCCGCGGCCGCCACCAUCCGGGACCUGCUCACCUCCUUCAGCCCCGCCGCGGACUUCCUCGCGCUCUCCUCUGGCGACGGCCGCAUCAAGGUAUGGGACGCCGUGCGCGGCCACCUGCAGACCGAGUUCGCUGACAUCCCGCCCGUGGAGGUGGGCGCGCUCCCCGGGGCGAAGCGCGGCCACCUCGCGCUGGACUACACCUGCAUGAAAUGGGUGCAGCUCUCGAGCAAGAAGAAGCGGAAGGCUGGGAGUUCGCUUCUCGUGCUUGGCACAGGCAGUGGGGAUGUCCUUGCACUUGAUGUUGCCGCAGGGCAGUGGAAGUGGAGGAUCAGUGAUUGCCACCCUGGGGGUGUCACAGCUGUAACAUACUCUAAGCAUGGGCGGACUGUGUAUACAGCAGGCACUGAUGGCAUGGUCUGUAAGAUCGAUGCCUCAGAUGGCUCUGUUGUAGAUAAAUUUAGAUCUUCAUCAAAAGCAAUAUCUGCGCUAGCUGUGUCACCAGAUGGACAUAUUUUAGCAACAGCUGCUGGCCAGUUGAGGACCUUUGAUGCUUCUCACAACAAGAAGAUUCAAAAAUUCUCCGGCCAUCCGGUGGCUGUGAGGUGCAUGAUUUUUAGUGAUGAUAGCCAAUAUGUUAUGUCAUCUGGUGUUGGGGAACGCUAUGUUGCCAUUUGGAAGUUGGGUAGUAGUAAAACUCAGAGCUCAAGCUGUAUACUCUCUAUGGAGCAUCCAGCAAUCUUUGUGGACUGCAAAUGUUCAGAAACUAAUGCUACAGAAGGGAAAAUUCAUGUGUUGGCUAUUUCUGAGAUUGGUGUCUGCUAUUUUUGGUCUGGGACUAACAUGGAUGACCUGCGUAAUAAGAAGCCCACUAAAAUUGUGUUGUCUGAUUCCGCUGUUUCAAGAUCUAAGCAAGGUUAUGCUAUAUUUGCCGCAAAACUUCAAGGAAUAGAUGGACCUGAUUCUUCACACGUUCUACUGGCUUAUGGGUCUGUGGUGAAACCGUCGUUUGACAAACUUUUGGUUCGUUAUGGCAUGGAUAUUAGUUUGAGUGUGUCUGACGAUGGAGUUCUCUUACCCAUGAUUCAACCCUCCUUGAGUCAGAAAGGCCAAUCUGCUAAGAAGCAAGGAAUUGUAACGGCUCUAGGUCGUGCUAAUGCAGAAGAUGCCAUACUUCCUCUCCCACAGCUCCAUAUGCAGGACAAGAAAAGGAAACAUGGUGCAACAGAAUCCAGUGGUGACAUCAAGUCUGUAAUUCAUAGUGACCUUGGAACUGCUACAAAAUUGAUUGAGAAAAGAGCUCCUGUACAAAGAACUGAAGAUGACACUGUAUGUAUCGAAGACAUGAUGCGAAAGUGUGGCAUUAUUGAUUCUAGAGUUGAUCAGAGCAUGGAAGGUCAUCCUAGCAUACCAACUAAUAUUUUAUCUGAUCUAUUGGGUAACGACAGUAAAAUCGAUGCUAAUUUACCCAACAAGAAGAUUCGAUCACAUCUAAGAUCUUUGAAGCCUGGAGAUGCUUGCAAACUUUUAGAAAAAUUGGUAUCUUCAUGGAAAACAAGAUCUGGAAAUGCAGAGGUUAAUUUGCGGUGGAUAUACUGCUUGCUAAUUACUCAUGGCCGUUAUAUCCCCUUCGAGAAAUCAACAAAAAUAAUCAGCAAUCUUGAGAAGAUGUGCGUGGAAAGAUAUAAAGCAGCUGAAGAUUUACUGAAGCUUUCUGGUCGUCUCCGGUUGCUGAUGGCUAAGAUUGACAGGGAUCCAAAUGGAUCUGAGCCUCCAUCAGAGGAGAUGCCGGAUUCCGCGGCUGCUCAAUCAGAUGAAGAGGAAGAUGAAAUUGAUGAAACGGUAUACGGUGAAGAUGAGGAUUCGUCUCGGACUAGUGAUGAUGACGCUGAAUAGAAACACUAAACAUAGCAUUUUGUGAUGCAUUAUUUUAUAUUCAAACUUGAUUAGCCAUAAUCAGGUUUGUAAGACUAUGCAAUCCCGAAAGGUUGUUAUUUUAUAUUCAAACUUGAUUAGCCAUAAUCAGGUUUGUAAGACUAUGCAAUCCCGAAAGGUUGCGCAGAAUUUUGACUAGGCGAAGCGUCCUCUGAAUUC